AUGGAAGCAAAUAAAGAUGCAUCUUUACAUUAUCUUGAACUCGCUGAAAAAGCUAUUCAUGAUAAUGACUAUGAACGAGCUAUUCGUUACCUCAAUAAAUCCAUAGACCUUUUCCCAACACAUAAAGCCAAAGAUCUUCUUGAAAGAAUGAAGAAUUCUACCUCUCAUUCAGCAAACAAUGAUAAAACUCAUGAAUCAACUUCAUCGUCGAACAAUGAUCAUUCGACAACAAAUGGCAAUUCAUCGCACGCAAGGCAUAAAACAACCUCAACAUCAAACAAUGAGUAUUCUGCUGAGGAAGUAGAAGCUGUUCGAAAAAUCAAAACAUGCAAAGAUUUAUAUGAAAUUUUGGGUGUUAGUAAAACAGCAUCUGAAGCCGAUUUAAAGAAAGCUUACAGAAAAUUAGCUCUACAAUUUCAUCCGGACAAAUGUAAAGCGCCAGGCGCUACUGAUGCCUUCAAAGCCAUUGGUAAAGCCUUUUCAAUAUUAAAUGAUCCAAAAAAGAAGGAACAAUAUGAUCAAUAUGGCCAUGCAAUGGAACCACAAUAUAAUCGUAGAAGUUCCGGCGGUAGACAACAAUAUUACUAUGCAGAUGAAGAUGAUGAUUUUUCAGCAGAAGAAAUAUUUAAUCUUUUCUUUGGUUAUCCUGGUGCCGCAGCUCGUACAUCUCGACGUCGUCAACAUACUACUACGUAUCAUUUCACAACUCAUUCAACCCAAAAUUCUACAAAUACACUAGUGCAGUUAUUACCGUACUUCUUUUUAUUUCUUAUUUCAAUAAUUGGAACACUACUAGUAAGCGAACCUCAAUUUCAAUUGCAUCGUACUGGAAAAUAUAAUAAUUUACGUACGACGCGUACAUCAAAUAUUGAAUAUUAUGUUAAACCAGAUUUUCAUCCACCCAAAACAGAUUCAGAAUUGGAUAGACUUGAAUCAUCAGUUAUUGAUGAAUAUAUAUCUGAUAUGCGACAUCAAUGUUAUCGCGAACAGCAAUAUAAAGAAUCGAUGGUAUGGCGAGCAAAAAUGAUGAGCGAUAAUAAUCUCUAUCGACAAGCUCAAAAACAGACAACGCCAUCAUGUACUAAAUUAAAUAAUUUUCUCAACAGCUAUGCCUAG